AUGGGUAAUUGCGUUUCCUCUCCAAACCAAAGACCGAAAGAUAUUGGCAUUGGUUCACAAUCAUUAAACCCAAUUUCAAAAAAAAAAUCAAAUUUCUUUCAUGAUAACGAUAAUAAUAACACAAGAAAAUCUAAAACCUUUAAACGAAAGAAAGUUCAUAAAGGUCUUAUUGGACUUCCUUCAAACUUUCAGCAUACUGGACAUAUCGGUAUUUCUGAACUGCGUAGUGGAAAAGUUGAUCCUGAAAAAGUUAAAUCUCAAAUGGCUGAAGUUGCUGCAGCUUUACGUUUAGAAAUUAAUCCAAUAUCAGAAUCUAUUGAUACUCAAACUCAUCAAAUACCAAUAUCGAAACAAGAUCUAGAUUCGUCUUCUUUUACAUCAAAUUCUCCUACUUCAAAUUCUUCAUCACAGUUUCAUGUCAAGAGAAAACAAACGUCACCAACCAUACCAGUAUCACAAGAACAAGUUACCGUCACAUCAUCAAUUUCAUCACAAAAUAAAAUAGAUCCUAUGGCAGAAGUCGUUGCUGCUUUGAAAAUGCCUGUUGAUGGAAAUUUAAAUGAUUUUAUUAUAAAUAAUUCAAAUGAAUUGAACGUUGAUAAAAAUGUGAAGUAG